AGGAAAAAUCUCUCAGCAGCAGCAGCAGCAAAAUUCGCAGUUCGGUCGUCGCCCAGGAGGAUCCCAUUUUGGUGCAAAAAAAAAACUAGGCUUCUUUCCUUUUUGUGGUCCCGAAAUACCAACCAGCGCGCAGACAUCAUGCCCGGAUACAUGUUCAACAUCGACGGCGGCUACCUGGAGGGCCUGUGCCGUGGCUUCAAGUGCGGAAUCCUCAAGCAGGCCGACUAUCUGAACCUGGUCCAGUGCGAAACGCUUGAAGACCUGAAGCUGCACCUGCAGGGUACCGACUACGGUCAGUUCCUGGCCAACGAGCCGUCCCCGCUGGCCGUGUCGGUGAUUGACGACAAGCUGCGCGAAAAGCUGGUGAUCGAGUUCCAGCACAUGCGCAACCACGCCGUCGAGCCGCUGUCGACCUUUUUGGACUUUAUCACGUACAGCUACAUGAUCGACAACAUCAUUCUGCUGAUCACGGGCACGCUGCACCAGCGCCCCAUCUCGGAGCUGAUCCCCAAGUGUCAUCCGCUGGGCAGCUUCGAGCAGAUGGAGGCCAUCCACGUGGCGGCCACUCCGGCCGAGCUGUACAACGCCGUGCUGGUGGACACACCGCUGGCGCCGUUCUUCGUCGACUGCAUCUCCGAGCAGGAUCUGGACGAGAUGAACAUCGAGAUCAUCCGUAACACGCUGUACAAGGCGUACCUGGAGGCGUUCUACGAGUUCUGCAAGGGCAUCGGCGGAACCACGGCGGACGCCAUGUGCGAGAUUCUGGCGUUCGAAGCCGAUCGUCGCGCCAUCAUCAUCACGAUCAACUCGUUCGGCACCGAGCUGUCCAAGGACGAUCGGGCCAAGCUGUACCCGCGCUGUGGCCGCAUGAACCCGGACGGUUUGGCGGCGCUGGCCCGUGCCGACGACUACGAGCAGGUCAAGGCCGUCGCGGAGUACUACGCCGAGUACGCGGCGCUGUUCGACGGCUCCGGAAACAACCCCGGCGACAAGACGCUCGAGGACAAGUUCUACGAGCAUGAGGUCAAGCUGAACGUGUACGCGUUCAUGCAGCAGUUCCACUUUGGCGUGUUCUACUCGUACUUGAAGCUGAAGGAGCAGGAGUGCCGCAACAUCGUCUGGAUUGCGGAGUGCGUCGCUCAGAAGCACCGGGCCAAGAUCGACAACUACAUCCCGAUCUUCUAAGCAGCGUGGCGAGGAAGUGGGGGAAAAAGUGCGUAAGAAAUAGAGAGAAGCAAAAAAAACAACAUUCCCGCAUCUAUUUGUUGUGCACAACCGCCGAAAAAAAAAGAAAAACUAAAGUUUAUGUCUGCUUAAAAGUAUUUCACGUCACAAAUGUUCUUACUCUGGAAUGAUUACGGAAGAAAAAAAAGCGUCAUUCUUGACGGCCGGCGAUCAUGUAUAAUAAUAAGUAAAAUCAUUUCAUCUGCAAAAUUCGUUUCAACACCACCAUUAACGAAUGCCGUUUCUGUUAUUUGUUUAUUUUAUUGACUUUAAAUUUUUCGGAAAACUUUUUUCUGGAUUUUCGUUUUGCUUGAAACCGUUCUGUAAAGUAAAUUGCGUCGAUAGCAAAGGUGAAUGUGUUAAGUUCUACAUAUUAUAUAUAAAUAUAUACAACAAAACCUAAAUACUGUAUGUAAAAUGAUACAAAAUAAAUUGUAGAUACCCAUCA